AGUGCAAGGCGGGCGCUGAAAAAACGGUUAUCACAGUUGCGUUCUCUCGCUCUUCGCAACAAGUCGUGGGUGUCGGAUUAGCGGUAAAAUCGCAUUUCCCAGUGGAAAUUCGGCACGCUUGAAAGUGAAAACAAAACGUACACGCACGCACACACAUACGCAUCAACGAAUUAAAUCACAAAUAAAGCUGAAAACGGUACAAAAUCAAAAUAAUAUGCGAGGGAGGAUGGGGAAAAUUUAGAAAGAAAAAACGAAGGAAAAAUGCGGUGUUUAUUUUUGAAACGCGAAAAGUGCAGUGCCGAAAUAAGCGCUAAAAGCGAAUGAAAUGAGGAAAACGCGCAGAUAAAUGAAAUGAAAAGUUAAAAAUAAAUAUAUAUGCCAUGCGGCUGGGAGGAGAAUCAAGCAGAAAAAGAAGAAGAGCCAGAGCAGAAGCGAGGGACGUGAUUUCUCUUUAUUUCGCCUGUCCGUAUUCUGGCCUCCUAUACUAUACCCCUUCCCCUUCUUUUGCUCAAAUGUACGCCCACCGACUGUCCGCAGCAUCCAACCAAAAAUUAGGAAACAUUAAAAAAAGAAACAAAAAUUCAUUCACAGCGCACAUGUUUUUGUGGCCAUUGCUGUGUUGUUGCCUUCGCCGCCUCCGUUUCGUCAGCUCGUUUAUCCUGCCAUCCUUUUUGGCCGCUCUCCAAAGAUUCUGAUUCGAUUUUUCCCACUCAUCUGGCAUUCUCUCUUGUUCUCUCUUAUGCGACAGCAUCUCAGUCGCUCUCUCUCGCUGCCUCUCAGCUGCUUUGUUUGUCCGCUUUUCGCCAAAAAAUAAAAAUAACACAAAAAUAUAUAGAAAAACUUGUAAUAAAAUCGUCAAAUGUCAAUGUGUUUCUAAACAAAGAAGGAUACGAAAAUUGUGCCAAAAAACCAAGAUAAAUAAUCUAAAUAAAUCAAAAAUAGUAAUUUGUAAAAAAAAAACAAAUGGUAUAUUUGCAAAAGUGAAUGGAAAAAUAGUGAACUACCCUUGUGAACAACCCCCUGCAAGUGCACGCAGAGAAAUUGUUGAGUGAAAAACAGGAAAAAGAAAAAAGUGAAGGAGUUAACAUCAUUUGCGAGGCCACUGUGAACAUAAAAAGCCGUCAAACUGUGGGGCUCAGGGGCAUUUUUUCUUCCUCCGCAAGGAAUGUAUUAUCCGCACAUGGUGCAGGCGGGCGUGGCGCCUUUUCCGGGCGCUCCGGCCGGCUAUGCCGCCGCAGCAAAUCCUGCAGCAGCGGCAGUUGCAGCAGCAGCUGCCGCCCAACAGCAGCAGGCACAGCAGCAGCAGCAGCAACAACAACAGCAACAGCAGCAGGCCCAGCAACAGCAGCAGCAACAACAACAGGUGGCCGGCGGAGCAGCACCACCCACAGCUGCCGACAGUUUGUCCAUGGCUGUGGCAGCGGCGGCUGCAAAACAAGCUGCUGAUCCAGUGACCCAAUUGAAAACGGGCAGCGGUGGUGUUAAUGGCGAGGCCGCAGGAUCUGCCAGCAACAACAAUAACAACACAGCUGGUGCGGCUGGAGCGCCAGGAUCUGCCGGAGGAUUGACCACAGAAUAUUCAACUGGCUGCGGGGCCAGUGGUGGUGGAGGUGGCAACGGUGUUGCAACAUCCUCCAUUUCGGUGGCCGUGGCCAGCAGCAAUGUUUCCGACGUUGUCAAUGCCUCGAUGUACAUGCAACAGAAGACAAAUCUGUCAACAACACAAACACAGACACAACAGUACGAGUACGAGCACGAGUACGAGUACAAUGGAACCAGCCUCGCAGAACCAAGAGUCCCAGGUCCCAUUCCGCAUCCACUGACAAAUGGACAUGCCAUGGACCAAGUGCAACAUCAACAGCAGCCACCAGAACACCAGCACCAGCAUCUGCAAUCAUCGCUGCCCCCACAAAAUGUGCUCAGCAUAUCCACAGUAUUGAUCGCCAAUGAGGCAGCAGAAACACAACAGAACUCCGCCAUGCCCAAUUCUGGAGGCAUUAAUACUGGCGGCGGUGGCGGUGGAGGCGGCGGCGGCACGCCCAAUUCACCGCUCAGCAGCUCCCCGUCCAGCGCAACAGCCUCACAGGCGGGCGGAUGCGGACUUACCCUCAAUGGCAACGCCACCGAGGGCAGUAUGUCCGGUGAUACAUCGCCGGUGGCCAGUGGUGAACCGCUCCUGCAGACGCCGCCCGCCCUCCAACAACAACAGCAACAGCAGCAGCAGCAGCAGCAGCAACCGCUCCUGUGCAGCAGUCCCACAUCGAUGCAAUCGGCGGGCACUUCAGUGACGGGCAGCUCGAUAUCAACUGGCACAUUGGCAUCAACCAGCAGCAGUGGCGUUGGACUUUUGCCCACCACGGGAUUGGAUACAAUUGCCAAUGGUGGCGGUGCAGCCGUGGUCCCAGCGAGCACAUCACAGGUGAUCGCCCACCUGAAUGCUGCGGCAGCAGCUGCCAGUGGCAUCAUGUCGCCCACCUCGAACGUGGCCACCAGUCUCAGCAACGCCCUAGUCCCGGCCCAAUCGGUAGCCGCCGUUGCAGCCGCCUCCCUCGAUGCCAAGAGCCAGCCAAAGAGGCUGCAUGUCUCCAACAUACCGUUCCGCUUCCGGGAUCCCGAUCUAAGGGCCAUGUUUGGGCAAUUUGGCACCAUUCUGGAUGUGGAAAUCAUUUUCAACGAACGCGGCAGCAAGGGAUUCGGUUUUGUAACAUUCGCUAACAGCAACGAUGCAGAACGAGCACGCGAACGUCUACACGGCACCGUGGUUGAGGGACGCAAAAUCGAGGUGAAUAACGCCACUGCACGUGUACAAACCAAAAAAGUGACAACAGUACCCAACGUUGUACUGACCAAAGAUGGUGCCAUACCGGCCCCAGCUCUAGUCUGCGUACAAUGGCCAGAAGCCGCCGUUGCCGCCGCAAUGCGUGGAGUGGCCAUCCAGCGCGGACAUGUGGGCGUGGUCGGCGCCACACCCUACCAUCAUCCCCAUCAUCCGCAUCACCAUCCGGCCCUAUUGGCGGCCACCGCCGCCGCCGCCCAACAACAGCAGCAACGCCAACUGGCCGCCGCCGCCGUGGCCACAGCAGCAGUCGCCCAACAGCAGCAGCAACAGCAGCAGCAGGCCGUUGUCCAACAGCAGCAGCAGCAAGUUGUUGCCGCCGCCCAGCAGCAACAUCAACAGCAACAGGCCCAGCAACAGCAACAGGCAGUGGUGCAACAGCAACAGGCGGCUGUGCAACACCAACAGCAACAGCAGCAGCAACAUCAUCAACAACAGCAACAGCAGCAGCAACAACAGCAACAUGCCGCCGUAGCCGCCGCCGCCGCAGCUGCCGCUUCGCAUCCGCAUAUGCAUGCCGCCCAUGCCCAUGCCCACGCCCAUGCUUUAGGGCCACAAUUGGCCCAAUUGCAAGCGGUGGCAGUACCCACAGCCGCUAGCAAUGCUGCAGCAUUGCAACAAUCAUUGGCCGCUGCCAUACAGAAUCCGAGCGGUAAUCCAAAUGCUGCUGCCGCCGCCGCAGCUUAUGCCGCUCGCCUAUCGGCGGCAACGGGCGCCACACAAUCAUCGCAAACGGCCGCUGCUGCUGCGGCUGCUGCUUCCAUGGCUGCGUCGGCCAAUGCGGCCAACAAUGCGGCCGCUUUGCAUGGAUUCGCGCCUGUUUACUAUGAUCCCUUCUUAGCAGCCGCUGCAUCCGCUGAUCCAAAUCUACGCUUCCAGGCAGCCAAACCGGUCACUGAAGUUCCAGCCGCUCAGCCAGCCGCCAUAUUAAAUCGCCGCACUGUGACUACGCUAAACAGUAACCCACAUACGAUCAACCGCAUUCCGGUUCCACAGAAUGUUUUGGCCACUGCUCCGCUGUUAAAGACACCGCUGUCUCAGGCCCAGCAGCAGGCGUAUGCCACGGCGGCCACCACCUACACGGCGGUAGCUGCCCGUGCCGCCUAUGGUGCCGCUGCCGCAGCAGCCGCACAGCCGGCACUGGCCGGCUAUGCCACAGUAGCUGGAUAUGCGCGCGAAUAUGCAGAUCCUUAUCUAGGACAUGGCAUUGGACCAGUUCCCGGCUAUGGGGCAACCAUGUAUCGCGGUGGAUUCAAUCGUUUCACGCCAUAUUAAGAACAAUCUACGCCAGUCAGCCAAAUAACGCACUCGAACUACUCUCGAUGAAAAUGCUCAAUCUAUGAACAAGAAAGCAAAGCAAAUAAGUAACUUAGACGUAAAUACUCCUCCCCCUACGUGCAGUAAGUAGUAGAAGUUACAACUAAACCGAUAGAUCCAGGAUACUCAACACCCAAAAAACAACAACACCAACAACAGACGCUCAAGGUCCUCGGAGAGUUGAAAAUCAAAGCUAAGCAACAAAGAACAUAAACAAAUCAAUGUCGUCCAGUAAAAGCAAAAAGCUAAACCAAAAAUGAAAAAUUAUACGCCGCUAAACGCAGUUCUAUGGAGUUUAUAUAAGUAAACCGAAACAAAAAACUAAAAACUAAAAAAAAGAAAACAAAAAUAUUAAAAACAAAAAAACAUAAAUUCAAAGUGCAAAAUAGUUUUGCAGAGAAUGAAAAGAGAAAAAUGUGCUUCAUGCGUAGAUUUUUACCAGAACAAAAGCUGAAACUUUGUGCGGCAGAUCAGAAUUUAUAUAUAUACCGACAUGAUAUAUAGUUAUUAUAUGUAGGCAUUGUAUUUGUAUAUCAAAGCAAACCAGGAAAAAGAGCAAUGUUUUAGGUACUUUUCAUGCUGAUACAUUAUCUAAAAAAAAAACAAAAAUUAUAUAUAUAUAAAGAACCUCGGUUGUUGAUUUUCGAAACUUCGUUGAACUAAGUUAGUCCUUAUGAUUUACAAAUUAUUCUAAACCAUUAGCAUUGUAGUUUGUAGUAAGGGAAGGCAAAAACAAUGCAGCCGCAGCCGCCACACACACACAUUAACAAAUCAAAAUGUAUAUUAUUUGCAAACUGUUAAAGCACAAACAACAAUAUAUAUUUAUUCGUAUAUACUUUUAGAUUGAUAUCUCUAAUUUGAUUACCCAAAGAAUACUCAUUUCUGUAUUGUACUGUGUACUGUAUUGUCAACGAAUUUAAUUUUAAUCACAUGCUUGGUUGUUCCUAAUAAUUUUAUACAUAUAUUUUGGCAGCUAAACACCACACACACUCAACUCGAACACUCGACUCAAUUUGAAUUGCUCAAAAAAAAAAAAACAAACAAAAAAACAAAAAAGAAAAAAGAAAAUUCUAGCGCAUAGGUAAAUGCAAAAGAUCAACACGUAGACAUAUCCUUGGAAUAUACAAUAAUAUUUACUUUAAAUGCCGCCAUAGCAGCAAAAGCGAAAAGAGAAAAAAUUCAAAAAAAAAAAAAAUAUUAGUUUUAAAAGAGAAAAAGUCAAGCUUCCAGUGACAAAAAGCCAUUGAUGAAUGCAAAAAAUGCGGAAAAAUCGAAUAAUAAGCAUUAAAAAUUACAAUUUUUAGCUCUUACUCCGUAGCACUUUCCUUGUGUGUUGUGUAAAGAAAACAAAAAAAGAAAGAAAGGAAAAAUCGUUUUCCCUAAGCAAACUAAGAAUUUAUUUUAUACACACUCGAAUCUAAUGCACACACAAAAAAAAACCAAAAACAAACAACAAACUUUUAACGUUGUGUAUUUUUCAAAUGUUAAAAUGAUUCAAAAUGCUCAAGUGGAAAAGAAGGAGGUCGUUCUCUAUUUUGAUUCUUAGGCAGCUACUGUCGUCAAAUUUAUACUAGUUGUUUAUCAACCAUACUAUGCUAAAAACAAAACAAAAACAAAAACAAAACAAGAAAGCUACUAAUUAUUGUGUGUGUGUGUGUGAUCGUGCAAUUCUUUAGGUGUUCUUCGAAUUUCCUUAACAAAAAACCAAACCUACUACCAAUUACUUGAGAAGAGAGAGGGCAGAUGUGAGGAAAGAGCUUCAACUUUGAUGUUUUUUUUUUUUAAUCUAAUCACUUAGCAACUGUCUCGGAUUGUACAUAUUUAUGAUGACACAUUGUAUUUUUACCUUAUUCCUCUCUCAACGCACACACAAGCAACACUCACACACGCGCACAGGCAAAACUCCUGGGAAAUCGAAGCAAUUUAUGGCAUACUCACAUAUAUGUACCACCCCCUGUUAAAGGUGUACUAUUUUUUAUUUGAUUCUCUCACAUUAUCAUAUCGUAUUGAUAUACUAUUCUUACGUUGACAUUUUUAAAGCCAAAGUUUAUAUUUUAAAUGAUUUUUUUAGUUAGGAACUUAGUUUAUAUGCUGACGACAGACGACACAAAAUGGAUGAUUACGAUUACGAACUAAAAAAAAGAAAAGGGAAAACAAUAAUAACAAAUCGAACCCAACAAUUGCCAAAUUAAAUGUAGCUUUCAAGUGAAUUAAAUAAAUAAAGACGUAAUUAAAUUUAAUGAAUUUUUCAGCUAGCGCAGAAAUAGUUUGCCAAAAAGCAUAGCAUACUUUUUGGCUCACCCACAAUGAUCACACACCACUCAGAAAUUUUGUUGGGUUUGAUGAUGAGCAGGCAAAUGCAAGAUGAAAACCAAACUAGUUAUAAAGCAAACUUAAAUAUAUAAUACGGUAUGGUAUAUACAUUUAAAUUAUGAACUCAACUUCCACCGCAAAACUUUUAAAACAAAAUGAAAAACAAAAACGAGAAACAAAAAUGUAAAAGAGAAGAAAAUCUAAGGAAAACCACAAUUUUUGUCUUAAGCAAUGCGUUGAGGAAAGUCAACCUACAAGUAAAUUAUAAAUGCAAAACGCAACUCAAUCAAACACAGCAGCUAUAUGAUAAACAUAACGAUAUAUGAUGUAUAUGAUAAAGUCUUUAUUUAACCCCCGAACCCAAACCCGAUCCAUUUUGUGAACCCCUUAAAACCCCUCCCCCAAAAAACCUGUAAUCUGUGUAGUCUAACCAUAAGCCAGCGCCAGCUUUUGUUUUACUUUCACAUAGAUCAGAUGCCUAGGCGUCAUAUAAAGUAUAAAUAUAAAGUAUAUAAAUAUAUAUAUAUAUAUAUAUUAUAUGGAAACUCUAAUCUUUAAUGAUGUGCCAAAUUGUAAGUUGUACCAUUUGUUUUUAUGAGCAAAUGCAAAAACACAAAUUGAAAUAAAAAUAUGAAUUAAAACAUAAAACAUUGAAAAUAGCAUUACAGUUUUCGAAAACCCCCCUCAAACUUUGAUUUUUAAACAUUUAGAUGGUAAUGGAAGAAGAAGAAUAUUUUUUAAAUUUAGCAUUGUGAAUAGGACAAGGGCAAGGCUAAAAAAAAAACAGAAAACAGAAACGGCCAAGCCAAGCGUUCUCAGGCGCUACCUUACAAAACAAAAAAUUGAUAAUAGAACCGCAGAGACGAUAAACAACAAGUAUUAUAUUAGCAACAAUCGCAGAACAAAGCCCAACCAACAGCAAACAGCAAACACAAACAUAAACUAAAACCAAAAGUAAGGUAAAUCCAGCUCAAAUUUAAUUUACAUGCAAGCCGCAAGGUAUGCAAUGCGAAAUUUCAAUAAUAAACGUACACAAAUUCCGAAACUUAUUGGUUUAUAUCAAUUUUCAAUUUGUAAGGUUGUGACAAAUUGUAAACAAACAUAGAAAACAAAACAAACAAACAAAAAAAAAACAAAAAAAAGAAGCAAAAAGAAACAUGAAACCAAUCCAUGGAAAAUUGUAAUAUUGUUUGUGAAUGGCAAAUAAAAUGGCAAGGAAGUGGAAAACAUUUGAGAUUCAUACAAAGUACAGAGGGAAAGAGCGAGAAAUGCAAUAAAAAUAACUUUAAAAAAUGCAAAAUAA